AAACAUGUGACAGGCUGGGACAAGGUUAAAGAUCGUUUUCUCCUUGCUGUAAAAGCUGAUCUGCCUGCAGCCGCCACAGCCUCCAGCGGUGUCCACAGUUGGAACCCACGCAGGAAGAAGUCAUCGUGAUGUCGGACGAUUUCUUAUGGUUUGAAGGCAUAGCUUUCCCUAAUAUGGGUUUCAGAUCCGAAACCUUAAGAAAAGUACGUGAUGAGUUCGUGAUAAAGGAUGAAGAUGUAAUAAUAUUGACUUACCCCAAAUCAGGAACAAACUGGUUGAUUGAGAUUCUCUGCCUGAUUCACUCCAACGGGGAUCCCAAGUGGAUCCAAUCUGUGCCCAUCUGGGAGAGAUCACCCUGGGUAGAGACUGAGAUGGGGUAUAAAUUACUCAGUGAAGAGGAGGGCCCACGUCUCUUCUCCUCCCACCUCCCCAUCCAGUUAUUCCCCAAGUCAUUCUUCAGUUCCAAGGCCAAGGUGAUUUAUCUCAUGAGAAAUCCCAGAGAUGUUUUCGUGUCUGGUUAUUUUUUCUGGAAUAGCGUGAAGUUCGUUAAGAAACCAAAGUCAUGGGAACAAUAUUUUGAAUGGUUCUGUCAAGGAAAUGUGAUCUAUGGGUCAUGGUUUGACCACAUUCACGGCUGGAUGCCUAUGAGAGAGAAGAAAAACUUUCUGUUAUUGAGUUACGAGGAGCUGAAACAGGACACAAGAAGAACUGUAGAGAAGAUCUGUCAGUUCCUGGGAAAGACGUUAGAACCCGAAGAACUGAACUUAAUUCUCAAGAACAGCUCCUUUCAGAGCAUGAAAGAAAACAAGAUGUCCAAUUUUUCCCUCCUGAGUGUUGAUUUUGUAGAGGACAAAGCACAACUUCUGAGAAAAGGCAUAUCUGGGGACUGGAAAAAUCACCUCACAGUGGCCCAGGCUGAAGCGUUUGAUAAACUGUUCCAAGAGAAGAUGACAGAUCUUCCUCGAGAGCUGUUCCCCUGGGAAUAGUGUCCAAAACACUCUGGAUCUUAUAUGGAGAAUGACGUUGGUUCUCCUGUCCUUGUACAUGUACCCAACUGGGGGUCAUUGCAUAAGACUUAUUAUUUUAUCCUGAAGCCUUAAAUAUCAAACCUCUGCAUCUCUGAUCCCUUCCUUGUUAAAAGUUACCAGGCUUCCUGCCGGGCACGGUGGCUCACGCCUGUAAUCCCAGCACUUUGGGAGGUUGGGGGGUUGGGGGAUGAUCACGAGGUCAGGAGAUCGAUACCAUCCUGGCCAACAUGAUGAAACCUCAUCUCUACUAAAAAUAUAUAAAUUAGCUGGGUGUGGUGGUGCGUGCCUGUAGUCCCAGCUACUCAGGAGGCUGAGGCAGGAGAAUCGCUUGAACUCAAGAGGCGGACAUUGCAAUGAGCCAAGAUCGUACCACUGCACUCCAGCCUGGGUGGCACAGUGUGAGUCUGUGUUAAAAAAAAAAAAAAAAAACGAGCAGGGUUCAGAGAACCAGGGUUCAAAGCCCAGGGAUGCAGAGGUUGCAGUGAGCUGAGUCACGGCAUCCCAGACUUUUUUAAAUGCUUGCAAUAUUUCCAACUUACAGAAUGCUACAGGAAUAAUGUACGUACUACCUAAAAGGAUGUCUAAACAUUUUUUAAUAAAAAUAAAUAGCUACAGUGACAGAUUUUAGAGCAAAAAUUAGUAAUAAAAAUAAGAAAUAAAAUU